UGAUUACGCUUGGUUGAGUGUCAAUAAUGCUAAGAAACGUGAGUUGUGGAAUGCUUUAUUUGGUGAUAUUGGAGAUGUGAGAUUGGUGCAUCGUGAGUCUUUUCCGGUGAAUCCUGGAUUUCAAGAUAAUUCAGUGCCAUGUUCGUGCCGCAAUCAAUUCGAAUUUUAAAAUAAUUUCGUGUUAGUAGUGUUGUGUUGUGAGGGCAAAGUAGCCAAAAAGUGUUCGGAAAGGAAGCGAUUCCUAGCAUGGAUAUCUAUCUGGAUUCACCGAGCGAUGGAUUAAGCUCCAGUCUGGCCAAACUGGAUGAGGAUAUAGCGGAUAUGAGUUUCGAUGCCGGCUCGGAGUUCAACCUGCAUUUUUUCGACACUCCAGAGGAUUCCAACACCCAAAGUGGAUUGAGCGAUCAUGAUGAAUCAGUAGAAUCGAGUUCGCUUGAGACAACAUCCAGUCCGGGUCCAGCUUCAUUGCCACCUCCGCCGCCACCACUAGCCAUCGCAAUUGGACACGAUCCGAUCUCCAGUACAAUUGUGGUAACAAGUUCUUCGUCGCCAAUGACGCUCGUGAAUCCUUCCACCUGUUUAGUGAUAACCACGUCCGAAAUGGCAAAAGUUUCUUCGAGUAAUUUCGAUCAAAGGCCAAACUCAAGAUUAGAGCAGCAGUGUGCCGGCUCGGACGCCAGCUCGACGACCUCAUCGAAGACGUUUGUGGCCUGCAAGGUGUGCGGCGAUAAGGCCUCCGGCUACCAUUACGGGGUAACAUCAUGCGAAGGAUGCAAGGGAUUCUUUCGGCGCAGCAUCCAGAAGCAGAUCGAGUAUCGCUGCUUGCGCGAUGGCAAGUGCCUGGUGAUAAGACUGAAUCGCAACCGGUGCCAGUACUGUCGCUUCAAGAAGUGUCUUGCCGUUGGGAUGAGCCGAGACUCCGUUCGCUAUGGACGUGUUCCGAAGAAAUCCCGAGAAACCGGAAAUUGUACCGAUGAAAUGAAUGUUUGUGUGAACUCGACGACACCAACUCAGGUGUCCCAAUUGAGCAGCUGCGGAGGAACUCCCACCACGGCAGUCACUGUGAUUAGUGCCAGCAAUAAUAUUAUCAAUAAUAAUAAUAAUAAUAAUAAUAACAACAACAACAACAACAACAGCAACAAUAACAACAAUAUCAUCAGUAAUAACAACAAUAACAACAACAGUCUUGGCACCGGUGCCAUAACCGGAUCCAUGACUAACUGUGCGGAAAUUAGCACAUCGACGGCGGUUGUCAACUCCAUUCUACCGGAUUCGAUGACUUUCAGCCCACCUGAGCUGUCCAUCUAUGAUAUUAUCCAUUGCGUUGCGCAAGCGCAUCGUGGCCAUUGCACCUACACCACCGAAUUGGUUAAGGAACUAAGCCGAAUAUCGCUGAUCAACUAUAGUGAGAAGAAUAAUCUUCUUUUCCAUACACUUGAUUCGAUUGAAGACCAACGCAGCUGGUUAUGGCAACAGUAUGCUCUACGGAUGACACCUUCGGUGCAGAGGGUUGUCGAAUUUGCCAAGCGAGUUCCUGGCUUCGGAGAGUUCCUUCAAGAUGACCAGUUGAUUCUUAUAAAGCUUGGUUUCUUCGAAGUUUGGCUGAGUCACGUGGCCAAAGCGACCAGCGAUUCGUCACUUACAUUCGAUGACGGGGUUUACGUCACGCGACACCAGCUGGAGGUGAUAUACAAUGUCGAGUAUGCUGACGCAUUGUUCAAUUUUACCAACGGCCUGAACAAUUGCUGUUUGAGUGAUACCGAAAUUGGACUGUACUCUGCGCUGAUUUUACUUUCCGAUCGACCCGGACUCACCGAAACCAAAAUGAUUCUGAAAACGCGCGAAUGCAUUGCGGAAGCACUGAGGGUGCAGAUUACCAGAACCCGAUCUGAUGCCGUCACCGCUCUGCAGAUAAUGCCGGCACUAGAGGCUAAAAUUCACGAAUUACGAACAUUGGGAGAAAAGCAUUUCGUCCAGUUGGAGUGGUUCAGACAGAACUGGAGCUCCAUCCGCUUGCCGCCCUUGUUUGCGGAAAUUUUUGACGUUCCCAAAUGCGAGGAAGAUUUGCAGUGAGAUGCUGCAGUACUAUGGCCAAUUCUAUCAUGUAUUGCUGAUAAUUCGUAUAAGUAAAGUAAUAUCGAAAAAUAAGACUUGCCAAAUCUAUAUGAAUAUAAUAUUAUUAAUAAUACAAAUGUAACUAAGAUCAAUGUUAGUUGAAACGAAUUUGCAUUGGCUUCUUCACAAUCAUUCCAAACUUGCUGGUUGUAGCGAAUCUUUAACUAUUCAAAUAUCAAAAUUAGAUAGCCAAAUUAAGCUCAUCAUUAUCGUAUACCAAGCUAGUUUAAUAGAACAACAACCAAUAUCAGAAUCAUACACUAUUUACAUAUCAUUGAUAUCGAUGUGAAUUUGAAACCAGUAGACCUUAACCACAAUACAAACAAUUGACAUUUCUUCCUCUCUUAGAAGUAGAAAACCCUCAACCAAUUAGUACACCCUCAUUAGUACACAUACACACAAACACUUAAUGUGGUGCUUUCGUAGUUGAAAGAUCUUAUCAUUAAAUAUGAAAACCAUAUACAAUGAGAUUUAGAAAGUUAGUCAAAACCCCGCAUUUUCAACCCCGCGCAAAAGAACCACACGAGUGUUAUCGAAGACAAAUAAUAACUAAACUGUAAAACAACUGUGAAUUCCUUCCUGGUGAAUUGAGUCACUUUCGAAAAGUGGAACACUACUGAACUACUAAGCUGUUUUUAGAAUACAAUGUUUUCAAGUAAAUCGCGCAAUUGAGACAAACUGUAAUGUGACAUUUUAGUUUGAAUUGAUGGGAGAAGUUGCGCACAGACCCACAUACACACACACAAACAUGUGAACGCGAUAAGUAGAUAAGUGAAUGAACUGGUGCUGUACCUUUAAACUGUAAUUUUAGGCAAAUUUUAACUGAAUGGUAGCUUUUAAGGUAUUUUCGAUCGGUAGCGGAAGCAACUUGGAAUAUUUGAAAUUGCGUGUCAAGUAAUUAGUGAAACAUUGAGUGUAUCCUUUGAUUUGCGUAAACAACUUCUGCGAACAAAGCUAACUAAACUACUAUGUGAACAACAAGAAAAACAAAAACUGUUGAUUAGUGUAUUUUAUAAGUGCGCGUCGCAAAACUUUUUGAUUCCGAAUCUCUUAAACGCUUCAUUGUUUCGCUCUAAGCAAUUUGCUUGAUUGUGAGAACAUAUAUUUUUGACUUUUAUAUUACACUUACAUUGAAACAAUGGAAGACUACCCUAUAGAAAAUAAAGUAUCUAUUUAUAUGUAUUGUUAUUUACGUGUAGUAAAUUUACAGUUGACGAAGGCUAAUAGAACAAACAACUGAUAUACUUGAAUCCGCCUAUGUACACUUUAAUUUGAUUGUUAUUUGAUUGUAUAUUUUAUUGCUUAGUUAAUAAUGUGAAAUACACUGUAACGGGAGGAACGUUACAGCCAACUGAUUAGGUAAGCUUUUUCUUGAAUUGUUUUUUUUUUUCGUUUAUUAUGUAUCACAUGUGCUAUGAAUCUCAACUUCUAAAGUACUAUAUUUUUAUUACUGGCAAAUGCCCGGCUACUGAUGAAUGCAAAAUAAAUAAAAUAGUGAAUUUAAAUGAAAA